AUGGACACUAUUCUUCAGACAAGAUUUCUGGGUGAAGUUCGAGGCAAGAGUCAUGACGGUGUGAGUCAGUUUCUGGGCAUUCAAUACGCUACUCUCAAAGACAGACUCGGAGACGCGGAACUCAUAGAGCAGCGUGAAGGUAGUAUCCUGGACGCGAGCAAGGAUGGUCCAACUGCUUUGUCUCCUUUGUUCGGGUGUGACUUUGAGCUUGGCCACAUUCAACAUACCCUUCCAAAGAAAGAGCUUCCUCAAUCGGACUUGAACUGUCUCAACCUGAAUAUCACCGUCCCGGCGGGCACAACAGGGACCUCCAAUCAUCCAGUCUUUCUCUUCAUUCACGGCGGAGGGCUGGUGCUUGGAGCUAACUCCUGGCCACAAUUCGAUGGCGCACGUUAUCGUCUCGGCGCAUUGGGCUUUCUUACUUCUGAUGAACUUCGACGGGCUGGGUACAACGCCAACAACGGGCUCAGGGAUCAGAAAGUGGCUAUGAGAUGGGUGCAAAAACACAUUGCCGAUUUCGGUGGAGAUCCUGGUAAUGUGACACUCGCCGGGAUGAGCGCUGGAGGAGCGUGUGUAACGUAUCACCUCGACUCUGACGAGCAACUCUUUAAGAGGGCUAUUGUGAUGAGUGGUACCUGUCUACUCAUCCAGCCCUUGCCUUAUGAUUUACACGAGCAGAACUACCAGCAAGCCAUUGCGACAUUAGGACUGGCCGAUGCUAGUUCAGGAGAACGAAUCAAGACUCUUUUGGAAACACCGGGUGAGGACUUGGUUGCCAAAAUCCCUCCAGCCGUUCUAGCAGUUCCUGCCAUUGAUGGGGACAUUGUGUCCUCGGCGGUUACCUAUGCGAAGGUAGCUGAUAAAGGCUCAAACUUUCCCCGCGGAAAGCAGUGGUGCGAAGAUCUAAUGAUUGGCGACGCCCAGAUGGAUGCUAGCAUCAUGGCGUUUUUGAUGUCGCAUACGAAGAAAGACUGUGCAAGCAAGUUUGUUACCGCACUGAACACCAUACUUCCGUCAAAAUCGGAUGUUGCGCAACAAAUCCUGGACAAGUACAACAUCACAAAGGACAUGACAGACGACGAGGCCUUCCCGGCUGUUCUCAACUACAUAAACGACAUUGCUUUCUUUGCUCCGGUUCUGACGUUUGCAAAGGGCUGGAAAAACAAUGUAUACGUCUAUCACUUCAACGAAGGGAACCCAUGGGACGGACCUUGGAAAGAUCGAGCGAGUCAUAUCCUUGACUUAGCCUACCUGUUCCAGAAUUUUCGAGAGUUUAUGGGGCCAGACCAGGAGCAAAUUGCAAUCACCUUCGCCGAGGACUUCUUCAAAUUCUGCCAUGGCGUGAAGCCAUGGCCUGCUGUUGCCCAAAAUGAUGUAGAAGCUAGCUUCACAGCCCGAGUCUACGGUCCUGCACCCAACGUUGGGCAAGUGAAUGGGCCGCACAAUGAGGGAAGUUUGCGAAGAAGUGUUCUCUUCGACCACGAUGACCAAGUGUCGCUGGACGAGUUGGCAAAGGUACUUGCUUUGUUCAGAACACUGUAG